GACCCGAUCACAGCUGGGGCAGAUCCAGAAACACCUUUACGACUCCUCACGCAAGACUCACCUGCACAGAAAUGGAAGACGAUAUUGCUGCCCUGGUUGUUGACAAUGGCUCCGGCAUGUGCAAAGCCGGUUUCGCCGGUGACGACGCCCCCCGCGCCGUCUUCCCCUCCAUCGUCGGUCGCCCCAGACAUCAGGGUGUGAUGGUGGGAAUGGGACAGAAGGACAGCUACGUGGGAGACGAAGCCCAGAGCAAGAGAGGCAUCCUGACCCUGAAGUACCCCAUCGAGCACGGCAUCGUCACCAACUGGGACGACAUGGAGAAGAUCUGGCAUCACACCUUCUACAACGAGCUCCGUGUUGCACCUGAGGAGCAUCCGGUCCUGCUGACCGAAGCUCCACUCAACCCCAAAGCCAACAGGGAGAAGAUGACCCAGAUCAUGUUCGAGACCUUCAACUGUCCGGCCAUGUAUGUGGCCAUCCAGGCCGUCCUGUCACUGUACGCCUCCGGUCGUACCACAGGUAUUGUGAUGGACUCUGGUGACGGCGUCAGCCACACCGUGCCGAUCUACGAGGGUUACGCUCUUCCUCACGCCAUCCUCCGUCUGGAUCUGGCUGGCAGAGAUCUGACCGACUAUCUGAUGAAGAUCCUCACUGAGAGAGGCUACAGCUUCACCACCACUGCUGAGCGUGAGAUCGUGCGAGACAUUAAGGAGAAGCUGUGCUACGUUGCUCUGGACUUCGAGCAGGAGAUGCAGACGGCUUCCUCCUCUUCCUCCCUGGAGAAGAGCUACGAGCUUCCUGACGGACAGGUCAUCACCAUCGGCAACGAGAGGUUCCGCUGCCCCGAGGCGCUGCUCCAGCCUUCAUUCCUUGGAAUGGAGUCAUGUGGCAUCCACGAAACGACCUACAACAGCAUUAUGAAGUGCGACGUGGACAUCCGUAAGGACCUGUACGCCAACACCGUGCUGUCCGGUGGCACCACCAUGUACCCCGGCAUCGCCGACCGCAUGCAGAAGGAGAUCACCGCUCUGGCCCCACCCACCAUGAAAAUCAAGAUCGUCGCUCCUCCAGAGAGGAAGUACUCGGUCUGGAUCGGCGGCUCCAUCCUGGCCUCCCUCUCCACCUUCCAGCAGAUGUGGAUCAGCAAGCAGGAGUACGACGAGUCCGGCCCCGCCAUUGUCCACCGCAAGUGCUUCUAGAAAGCUCCACAUGGUCCCAUCUCCUCUAGCCCGGCGGGGAAGUCGACAUGCUUUACAAUGGUUUCGUCCAACUAGAACGGUGUCUUGGUGUGAACAGACUAAAAGAUACGAGAUGCCACAGAAGAUGACUCGAGCGUCUGUUUACGUUUUGGGAAGUCGCUGAACAUCAGACGAACUAUUUCUGAACAUGUUCCUCUAACUCUGCUCACAGCCUUCACACCUGCUGGUGAUACAACAAACAGUAUUAUCACUUCACAUCUCGUUCUACCUCCAACAAUAGAUUGUACAUCAAUACUCUGCUUUUCUCCUCACUCGUUCUGUCUACUGACUCUGUCACAGUUGAGCUGUAUGAAUAUUCCACCGGAGUGUUCACUGGUCAAUAAAAUGCCAACAUUUGAUGUUUA